AUGGAAGCAGAGAUACAAGCUUUGGAGGAGCUUGGAAAGCAACUUUUCCUGGAAAUAUAUGAACUUCGCCAAGCUAAGUAUGUGUCCCUCUUAUUCAUUGGGAUGCUGGUCAUCAUAUCAGUUCGGGGAUUCUUGAAUAAUUUGAUGAAAUUCUUCUUUGCUGUUUCCAGAGUUGGGAGUGGAUCUUCAAGCAACGUUGUCCUUUUUCUUUCUGAAAUCAUGGGAAUGUAUUUUAUUUCUUCCAUUCUAUUGAUUAGGAAAAGCUUGGCGACAGAAUACAGGAUGAUCAUAACUGAUGUACUGGGUGGAGACAUUCAAUUUGAUUUCUACCAUCGGGGGAAACCGUAUGAUGAUAGAUAUACGUCCAAUACAAUGAAAGGAAUAUCGUGCGGAGAAAAUUUGAUAAAAAGAUAG